AUGUUAACCUAUGGGGCCUCCUUGGAGGAGGCUCCUCCAGUGAAGGAGAUAAUCCUGGAGGUGCGGAUGGCAUACAUGGAAUUCAAUGCCGAAGCGGUCGCCCGCCUUGAGAACAGGAACAAACUCUCCAUCGCCGUCAUUUACAAGGGAGAGGACCUCGCUCAGGCAUGUGGUGAUGGUCGGCGGGUCUCUUACAAGGUUUUUAGGAGGAAGAUAGAUGAUAUCUCGGUCACUCUAACUCUCAACAGUACCUUUCAACUUCCCUUCAGCUCUGCGUUUCCCAUGGCCGCCCCCAGUUUGGAGAUUUAUGUGAUGAUGGAGAAUCUGUCUGACCUCCGCACUGUGCUCAUGGGUGUGCGCCUGGGUCACACUGUCGUCCGAACCAAGAGCUUCAGCUUCUAUUGGGGUCCAGAGCUGCGCUUGGGCUUAAAAGAGCCUAAACAUGAACGACAACUGCCGAACUUAGUCCCUACUACGGAGGAGGAUGCUCGAGCCACGCUUUCCAUCUUACGGCAAACGCGAAAGAGUCUCGUGGAGCAACGAAUUGCCGCUGUUUCUAUUCCAAUUUCAGGAGAGCCGGAGUUCAACCUUAAAGGCCUAACAUCGCAUAUUGACGAGCUUCUUGUUCAGAUGAAACGUGAUGGCGUCGUUGUUGUCCCGAUGAUUACGCAGUUGAAGGGAGGGGACUGCUCUGCUGGCCGCUUUACUUCCUUUUUCCUGGAUAGCCAUCCUUACCGUAUCCUUGCGACCACCCCUAUUCCUUGCUUUAGCCCUGACACGGUUGUUAGGGCGACGGAUGGUUGCAUACAUGAACGAACAAGCACACACGGCUUUUUGGGGUGGGAUCGAUGCGCGACCAACACUUUCGACUAUCUCUUGGACAGAGCAGUUUUCAUGGAAACCCCCGCCUCAGUGAAGUCGGGCAUCUGUUUGGGAUCGCUUCCGUUCGACAGGACCAAACAAGGCUGCGAGUUACAAGCCGGGAGGCAGCAGCACAGUGGAGGCAAUAGUGAGCAGAAUUUUUCAAAGGAGGUCAUCGAGGAAAAGCCGUAUCUUUCUCCCGUGAGGCAUUCCCAGCUUAACGAAAUCCGAAGCGGCCUGGACAAGUGGAGAGACCGGUGCCACUUCCGCAGACUUGCAGCCGGACAUCCCCUACGUAUAUUUGCCCUAUUCAAACGCGACCAGCUGUUUGUGAGCGGGCAAGCCAUUGGUGGUUCCCGUUCAGGGUUACUCUUGGCCAUUCUUGUCUUAGGAGAUGAGCAAGUCGAUAUGGAGGAGGCGAGCAAGGUAUAUGGAAUAGAGAUUCAGGCGCAGAGGAUGAUGAACGACGCAAUUGUCGAAUUAAAAAGGCAGUCCACCGAGGGCAGUGCUGAAGGAUCGAAAAGCCUAAGAUUGACGAGUCUAACGCCCGUCCUUAUGACAGCCGUGGACUACAAAGGUUUUCGAGUUGUAGUAUUCCCUUUGCCCGAAUCUGUACCAGAAGUCAUCGCAUGGCCUCAGCCCCUGUCUGCUCGUGUUCGCCACGAAAUCUCUUUCAUCGAGAAUAAGCUCAACAUUUGCAAUCUGUUGAAACCAGUUUCAUCCCAAAACCCUCCUCAGGACAUGACCGUUCUCUUGUCAGUGAAGAACAGAGGCACUGACAUGAUGAUGCUUUACCGCACAUGCUACGCACUUCCACCUUUUUCUGGGAAGGAAGCAGGCGACCGCGGCUCUCAGCCAUCCAUCUCUCAGCGUCUCCGAACUGUUCCGUUUGUAUAUUCCGCCGACAUGGAGAUGGCCUUGAAGAAUUGCCAACACAAUUCCCAGCAGACACCCGCAAAGCCAACUGUUCCUGGUCAAACCUAUCAGGACCCGAUUGUCCGAUCGCCGUUUAGUCGCUUGUAUGCCCCCAUUGACGAACUGGGCAAUGUCGAGCCUGUCGUCUGCGGAGGUGGGAUCCCUGGGAGGAAAGCCCAGCGUCUGGGGACUCUGGUGAAGUCGGUUAUCCUGGACGAUGCUAUAGCAGAACUGGAGCGAAUGGACCCUUAUGGCCCAUACGACUCAAUAUCGCUGACGAACUAUCUUCACCGGCGCGGCAUUAACAUUCGCCUUUUAGAGGCUUUAAGCUCUCUGCUGCGGGGCGGAGGCCGCGAAGCUGACGUAUUUAAGGCAGCCAAAAACGAUGAAGGGGAAAGUGUGGCCAGCAGCGAUGAUUCCUCAUACUAUGAAGACUUGAUUAGGGGGCAAGACAAAGGGGUACGGUACAGCAGGGAGUCGUUGCUGAGGGAAAAGUUUCUGCAGCUCCCCCUAUCCGUUGCCUCUCGGUUACUGGAUGACUCGCCCUACUUGUUAGACUUGACUAGACAUAAAUUUCGCGUUUUUUUUUGGUGUUCUGAGCUAUUUGAUGUCGAGGCGUCGAUGGUGCGGAGACAUAGAAUUUACCUGCCAGCUCUUUACAUAUCACUGCAGCACCACUGCGGCAUCAGCUUCUUUCCUUGCGCGGCCACACUUGGCCGGAUGCUGGAAAAGCCAUUUCCCCUCAUGCCUUCGCAUAUUCGAGAUUCUUGGGAUGUUGAGGAGGCCACAGUGGAGCUUGUAGGCGUUGCUUUGAGGUAUGAGGCUUGGGACGUUGGUCACUUGCUGGCUCAACGGUGUAUCAUGCAAUACCCCGAGGCGCAUGCAGCAUCGGUGCCGGCACGUUUGUUGCUUCUCCUAGCAGCUACCCAUGGCUCGGGGAAGCCCCCUCCUAGCUCACAGCUUGCAGCCACCACCUACAGGAUCCAGCGUUUACUAGAAUACCACUGGGGAGGUCAUCAUCCUGCCAGCUUAGAUGUGACUGUUGCACAGGCUUGGCUGUCAUAUCUUGGUCGGGACUGGAGAGAGUGCAUCUCGGGGCUGCAGGCUGCUGUAUCCCUGAGCGCUGCUCUGUCUGUUUCUCAAAACUCGGAGGAUCUCAAGAGUCUUAAGCUGCUUCUUGACGUCAUUGCAACAGAUGAAACUUCCAAAGUAGGCGAUUUUGCACAGUGGCGCAGGUCAAUGCAGACAGGCCUCCCACCGCUUACAAUCCUGUCUCCUCAGAGUUCGUCCUGUCCCCGUGUCUCUGUGAUCUUUGCGAAGGUCCCCGCUGGAAUACCGCCGGCGCCAAUCAAUCCAAAAAUGGCCGGCCUCCUCAGGAUGCUCGCACACUGCAAGCUCGUCCUCGCGUUUGGUCGCCGCAGCACGCUACGUAGAGACUUGGUUACAGAGGAGCAGAAGGCUUUGAUGGCAAAUGGCGCAUGCCUCAUGCUACAGUGGGCUUUGGAUGCCUACGACUUCCAUUUUGGGACCAGACAUAUGCUGACGAUGACGGCGGCGCGAGAGUUUUCACUGUCGUUGUUGCUGCUCAUUGAAUCGAGAAAGAGCGACGCGGGCGGUACCAUUUUGCAGAGAGGAGUCGACAUUGCAACCAAAACGUUGCAGUGGCAGGCCAUUACCCUCGGGAAGCAUCACUUGGAAACACUAGCAACAGGACAGUUACUUGCCGUCUUGUUGGCAAAUCAGGGCCGAUACCGCCGUUGCAUUGCUAUGUACGAGGCUGUAAUCCGCAAUGCGUUUACCAGGCUAACUCAUAAGCCCUCACUGCGUCGCUACAGACCCGAGAAUGAGUUUUCAAGAGUCUGUUGGUGCCUUCCGGACCCCUACUUUUACGGCAUUUUUGAAUCCAUACGGCCAAUAAACAGGUUUUUUUCAAAAGUCAAGUUUGUGUUACCCAGCUUGGACGACGAGCAAGCCCUAGUAUCUCUAAACAACCAGAAAAGUGUGCCUGAGCUUGCGGACCGUGACACACCAUUACCUCCAGUUGGGGCACCCCACGUUUCCGUGUUAAGUACCAGUGAAGCUGAACCAGGAACAGGGCAUGAAGAGCAUGAAGUUGUAUCUCCUGCCAUGCACAAGGAAGUUUCAAAAGCACAUAUGAUCCAGCUGGACCCUACAGAUCAUCCGAUAUUUCCUUCAAUGCAGUCCAAAGCUGCGAGCGAUAUGGUCAGUCCGGUUAUAUCGGACUUGGUAAGCGACAUGUUCGUGGUAUAUAUCAACUUCGCCGUGGAUACGAAACUUGUUUCCAGGCUAGUUUCUCUAUUUCUCUUGCUUGACUAUCUUGAAAAGCAAAGCUUCAAAAAUGUCUCCUACGACGUCUUUGAAAUCGCCUGUACAAAGUCCGGGGGAGAUCUUACUUCACACUCUUUUCUAACAUGGCUGUUGGACCUUUCCGGCACGUCCGCUGUACAGGUUAUGGAGUACAUCGAGCACUACCCCUUCCGAAUCCCUAAAGAGGAGCUUUUCGACCAAGACAGUGAUGUUAUAUUCCUGCUUUGCCAUCCAAGGGGCAGGGACAACAGAGGCGUUGACUACAAUGCUUGCAUAAUGGAUCGUUAUCUGAGGCACCUAUUGGCAAAGUCGGAAGCAGCAGUGUCGAGCACAUGCCAGCUGAUCCUUUCAGGGGACUCCAAAAGGCUCUCUAAAGUAGCCCAGUCGUACUCGUUUCCCCUGGAAAAGCUCAACAGGGCAGUGUCGAGGCUCCGAGUAAUACUCAUUAUGCUAGGAAAACUAAAGGAAAAGACUGUCCAGAAGGAAAAGAACGAUGAGUCAGAUAUCCGUGGCAUCUUUAAGAGGUAA